UGAGGGCUGUGCCGUUAACGGAACUUACUCCGGAGAGAAUGUGAAGGCGGCCGUUACUCGAAAGAAGUGGAGUGAAGGGGGAGGGGGAGGAGAGAGCUUCAUUUGCAUGGCUGAGCGUGAGACGAACGCGCGGAAAUCCUUCCGUGGCUCGUCGAGUCGUCCCUCUGUGGAUAUCGGGAGGUCUGGCAGCACCGGAGAGAUGAGCAACCCGUUCUCGCCUCCUGCCUGGGAGAAGGAGCACUUCUGGCUCUACCUCUUGGCUCUGGGCUUCGAUCCGGCGGUAAACGCCGCUGCCGGGAAACUGUCGACUCACCUCCGGCUGGGCGUGAACUUGUUUGAUAAACCAAACAAAGAUGCAUUUCACAUUGUUGCAUGGUUCUUGUUUUCAAAGCUGGAUCAGUCACACUGCAAUGAGGUUUUUAGAUUUUGCUAUCCUCCCACAGACAAAAAGGCAGACUCUGAAUUCAGAAAGCAAUGCUAUGAAUGGCUAAAAAGGAUAUCAGAUGAAUGUGGAAACAGUUUUCCUUCAGUUGUUGCAUCAUUAUUUCUCUCUCCUGGUGGACCCAAAUUCAUUCAUCUAAUGUUCCACUUUGCAAGAUAUGUUAUAAUGCAUCACAUUAAAGUAGAUUCUUUAGGUGCUGGCAUACCCUACCCAGAAGCAGUGAACUCAAGAUCCCCAGACUUGAAUAUGGCUGUUGCAAAAUAUCAAGUGGCACUUAACAGAUUUUCACAGUGUCUGCAGAAGGAAGAUUUCAUGAUUCAAGAACUUCAGAAAAAAGCACUGUUUUUUACUAAGCAAAUCAGAGAUUUAAGAUAUGGAAAUGUGGAUCUGGACAAACGAUUGCAAAAAAUGGGGAGAAAGGUUGAUUCUGGUCAGAGUAAUACCACGGAAAGAAUUGAAAAGGUCCGCUAUUUAUGGGCAACAGUAAUGGAAACGCUGACAUUUUUGCAAAAGGAAAGAGAAGUGGUGGAUUCAGUAGUAAAAGGUCAUGUUGAUCAGUAUACAUUAGAUGGCACAAGUGUUUCUGUUAGCAUUCCACAGCCUCUGCUUCAAAAAGUAGAAAAAGAAAUGUAUAAAUUUCCUGUAGGGAAUGUGUAUGAAGAGGGAAAAUUGAACAUGUUAACUAUUAUCCAAUUACUAACCAAAGCCUUGGAGUUAUUGUUGCAUGAGCGUUGGCAAGUUGACAAAAAAGGAUUCAAAAUAGACCUGCAGGAUCUUGAAGGAAACACCAGAUUCCAGAAUGAGACUUUAUUGGGGCUGAAGUCACUGAGGCAAAAAUUAAAAUGUGAUGAUCAUAUUUCAGUAACUCAAUCAAUUGCUGAAAAACAACUGGAAUGGCAAUUGAAGUGGAAAAAUCGUCUUGGCCAGUCACCUUUUCGUUUAAUUAAGGAUCCAAACCCUGCACUUGAUUUGUUACCAGCUAUGUCUCCUCUUUCUUUUACUCCGGCUACUGAGGAAGCUUAUAAAAAGAGUGUCUUCUGUCAAUAUCCUGCAUUAAUUCCAGAUUCAAUCAAAAAGAAUGUUCAGGCAGAUGAAUUCGUAACAGUUGGGAAGACACUGGGAAAUGAAGAUUAUUCAACAAAGACAGUCACAGAAAGGACCUUGAAACUUGCUACACAUUCUGAAAAGACAUCAAAUGUUGAAACUCCCAAGAGGACUGAUAAUUCACAGUUUCAAAUCUUAGAGAAUAAAGGAAGAAAUUCUAGACGAAUAGAAAGUAGGAAGGAAAGACAAACUGAUUCAGUUAGAAUACCUUCUUCAUCAGCUAAAAAAGGAGAUUCUUUAAAGAAGGCCCAAGAACAGCUGGCUGAAGAGGUGGCAGAUGUAGUAAUAUCUGAUUCACCCCAGAACACUGGGAAGGAUGUAGGGGAUCUGAUCAAUGCCUUAUUCUCAAAUCCUUUCUUAACAAGGAAACAGAUUCCACGGACUCCAGAAAAUCUGAUUACUGAAAUUAGAAGCUCAUGGCAAAAGGCUAUUCAGACUGAAUCACCUUCAGGUGAAGCACCGCAUGAUUCCGAAGCCACGGAACAGUUAUCGCAGGAGACAGUUCCUGAUUUUAGACGCCAUUUAAGUUCAAGUUUGACAAUGUUUAUGUCACCUUGUAUAUCCGACACAGCAGAAUUUCCCUUUUUAGAUAUGGAGCCCCCAGGUAGUUCACAACAAGGGAUUACUGAUGAAUUGCUGAAUCACCAAGAGGCUUUUAGGCCGCUGGACAAAAUUAUUUGCAAGAAAGAAUUGUCCCUUGCUGCUCCAGACCAAGUGGAAAACCCAGAAUCAGUCUUCCAGGCUUUAAAUAGAAGUAUGCAUGAGGUGAGCUGUGGCUCCGGCAACCAUACCGGAUCAGAGACUUUGUCACACAGUGUGGGUCAGAAUUCUACAAUGUGUGCAACUUUGUUGCAGGAGGCUUCUCAAGCAAUUAGCGGGACUGGUUUGGAUAACCAUGACGUUAUGCAGCUAGGUAUACUUCAAGAAACUUUCCCAGAAGAAGAAGAAUCUAUCAGUCUUCAUAGCCUCCACGGUUUGGACUUGGAUGACUCAGGGGAAGACAACUCCAGAGACAGGAAAUCUGCAACAGAUUAUCUGUCAGGGAAUGAGUGCAAGUUAGAUUUCCAGUCCAUUUUCAGUCGGUACGAAGCACUGAAAAAGACUCUCCUGGAUCACCCACCGGAUCCCGGAAAGCGAAUGCCAAGGUGCAGAUCGGCAUUUAACCUCAGUCCAACGAGCCUGGAAACCAAGGAUGUGCUUAGCCCUUUGGGGAAACCUUAUGCGUCUGAUGCAGAACUUGCCAAGAAAUCAUCCCAGCCGAGUCAUCUUGAAAGAAGAAAUAGCCUCUCCCCUUCAAUGGCAAUUUGUCCACUGUGGCUGAGAGAGAAGAGAGACAUGCAGGUCGGAGGAGACGUAUUUAACAAACGGAAAGAAAAAUAAUUUGAAGAUGGAUACAAAAGAACCCUCAACUGCGAAGAUGAAGCCAUUCCAUGGUUUUAUAAUCAUGAUGCACUGACUUGAACAGAAUACUUCAUGAGAUGAAAGUGUUUUUGCAAACCUCAACUUUUAAUGUUAGUGUUAGCUAAUCCUGACUAUAGGCUUCUUGCACAGUUCUAUCAAGUUGGAUAAUUUUGUAUUAUCAGUGAUCAAAACAGUACAGAUGAAUUGAGCUCUUUUUAAGAAAUAGUCACAGAGACCUUUACAUGGUAAAGAAACAGUAAUAAAAUGUCUCAUCUAAGUAUAGGAUAGCAUAUUUUGUUCAGAUUUUGGAAGAUAAAAAAAACCUUGUCUGACUCCUCAGGAAGCGUACAGAUGACGUGCCUUGGUAAACAAUUGAGUAAAUCAAAUGUCUUUGAAUAUUUCACUUUUUCUCCAUAUCUGGGAAUUAAGAAGCAUUUUAAGAAUAAUUUGAAUGACUGGUGCAAAUUAGUCCCUUCAUAGAUUGUAUCCAACAAUGUCCAUUUUGCAAUGGAAUAGAGAGAGACUAGACGAGUGAAAUGAGGAAUUAUUCCCUGUGUAAUCCCCACGUCUAUUCUACAGAUUUGGGAAUCCUGUUUCUCAACCUUAGCAGCUUUGUUGGGGAAUUCUGCGAGUUGAAGUCCACCCAUCUUAAAGUUGCUAAGGUUGAGAAACCCUGCUGUAGAACAUAGUUGGAUGCACAUGGAAGGAGAAAGAGAAGCAUGGGAGGAAAAAAAAAGUCUAAUAGAAAUCUGCUGAUGCCUUGCACGUAAUCUCUCAGUACUGACCCCGAUAAAUCUUGCAAGAUUUUCUAAAACAAAUAGUUAUAGAAAAUGAAGAUGUAACAUUACUUACCAGUCACCUAAGUGAAUAUGACUUAGCUCUAUAAUUGAGUAACAUAGGGAAAAGAUAUAUAGGAAGAUGCUGGGUUUUAGUUUUUCACUUUUAUCCCAAGUAUUAGAUAUUAGAUGAAGGAUAACAAAAGCAAAAAUUAGAAAAAGUGGAUUUUUUAAAGACUUAAGGUUAGGAGUGAGAAGAUAUAUAAUUUUGGAAUUCAAGCAUCUUAACGUAACUUCUGAUAGUCUUAACAAAAAUUAAUGUUUGUCUUAAGUAUUUAUUUAAAAUAUGUAUUUUUUAAAACAAUACUAUAAUAAACUUUC